GCUAGCUAGUUAUCUAGCAGUUAGCUAGCUAAUUUGCUGGGUUUGAACCCCACCCAUAGCUGCAGUGCCUAGCUUCAUAGCUAACUAGGUAGUUAUAGAUUGUAAAUAUAUGUUUAUUGGGACCCUUCCGUACAAGUAAUACUUAACUCAUCCGUUGUUUAGGUGAUACGCAUAGUUUAUUUGCUGCUAAAUUGUUGCCGUCAUUGUCACCAGCAGUGCAUCUGGCAUGAUCUGCAUGCAGCUUGUUUGUUCUUUUUCUCUUCUGAAUGGCCUGUUCUGUUGAUUGCCAGAUAUCUAACCAUGUUCUUUGUUGACCUCACCAAGGUCUAUUUAAAAGCAGAAUGAUGUAACGUUAGCAUCCGUAUGUUUUGAGCAACCAAUGCUUUGGACACCCUGUCAACAAUGCAGGUUGCAGUGUAACACCAAGAUAGGCUAACUAGCUAUGUCAAUAGUCAUGCUAACACCCCAUCAUAAUAAAUACAAAUGUAACCUUCUAUUUAACUAGGCAAGUCAGUUAAGAACAAAUUCUUAUUUCCAAUGACGGCCUACCGGGGAACAGUACCGUGUUCAGGGGCAGAACGAAACCCUUUCGGUUACUGGCCCAAUGCUCUAGCCACUAGGCUACCUGCCGCCCCAAAUGAAAUGAAAAUCAAAGCAAUUCUAGUCCAUAAUGUGUUACUGUUUGUUACUACUUAAUUAACAGCACAGCUGUGUGUGUGAUUGGUUUAACUCUCUACUGCAGACGUUGUACGGACACUGUCCUGCUGUUACAGUAGCCAGAGAGUUGGGGCUUGAUUCCAUUAGGCACAACUGAGGCUUUUGUCAUUUUGUCCACAUUAAGCAGAGAAGUACCUAUGUUUCCGGUGCUUGUUUGCAGGAAGGAAUGGAAAUGAAUUAUGCUAGACUUCUUGAAAGCCUAUUCAAAAACAAAGCCCGCCGUCACCAUGACAGCAGAGGAGAUCAUCAAUGUGAAGGAGGUGGAGAUCAUCAAGGUGAUCCUGGACUUCCUCAACUCCAGGAAACUUCACAUCAGCAUGCUGGCCCUGGAGAAAGAGAGCGGAGUCAUCAACGGACUCUAUUCUGACGACAUGCUGUUCCUCAGACAGCUGGUGUUGGAUGGGCAGUGGGACGAGGUGCUCCAGUUCAUUCAGCCGUUGGAGUGCAUGGACACGUUUGACAGGAAAAGGUUCCGUUACAUCGUCCUGAAGCAGAAGUUUCUGGAGGCCCUGUGUGUGAACAACGCCAUGUCUGCUGAGGACGAGCCACAGCAUUUGGAGUUCACCAUGCAGGAGGCAGUGAAGUGUCUUCAUGCUCUGGAGGAGGUCUGUCCCUCUAAAGAUGACUACAGCAAGCUAUGUCUGCUCCUCACCCUGCCUCGUCUCACCAACCACGCUGAGUUCAAGGACUGGAACCCCAGCACGGCGCGGGUGCACUGUUUUGAAGAGGCGUGCACCAUGGUGGCAGAGUUCAUCCCCGCAGACAGGAAGCUAAGCGAAGCUGGGUUCAGGGCCUCAGGGAACCGCCUCUUCCAACUCCUCAUUAAAGGAGUUCUGUAUGAGUGCUGCGUCGAGUUCUGCCAGAGCAAGGCGACAGGCGAGGAGAUUACGGAGGGCGAGGUGCUCCUGGGGGUGGACAUGCUGUGUGGCAACGGCUGUGAUGACCUGGACCUGUCCUUACUGUCCUGGAUGCAGAACCUGUCACACAGCGUCUUCUCCUGCGCCUUCGAGCAGAAGCUGCUCCAGAUCCACGUGGACCGCCUGGUCAAGCCCGCCAAGGCCGGCUACGCAGACCUCCUCACCCCGCUAAUCAGCAAGCUGUCUCCCUACCCCUCCUCGCCCCUCCGCCGCCCCCAGUCCGCCGAUGCCUACAUGUCCCGCUCCCUGAACCCGGCCCUGGACGGGCUCUCCUAUGGUCUGUCUGGCCAGGAGAAGAGGGGCCCAGGGGGGGACAUGGCGGGGGGGAAGGGGGUGUCCCCCAUGUCUCAUUCCUUCGCUAACUACCACACGGGGGGCCAGAGUCUGAGCAGGAGUCUGAUGCUGGAGAGCUCCGACUGCCACAGCAUCUUUGAGGAGUCGCCUGAGAGCUCCAGGACGGACACGCCUGUGGAUAAGAUGAUGAGUUCGGGCACCCUGCGCCCUGAAUCAGCCCCUGGAGAGGACGCCCCGUCACCAGGCUCUACAGAGAGGAACGAGCUGCAUGACUCGACAGAGAAGUUUGAGGAGUUUUACCGCCAGCGUCUGAGAGUGCAGCAGCACCUGGAACAGAAGCAGCAGCAGAGACAACUCUACCAGCAGAUGCUUCUGGAGGGAGGGGUACAACACAGUGACCAGCCAGCCCCCGGGACAGACGCCAUGCAGCACAGCCUCACUGAAACGUUCCUCAACAGGUCUAUUCAGAAGCUGGAGGAGUUGAACGUUGGGAUGGAGAGUCUAGAUGAGGAUGUCCAGUCUCUGGCCCAGCAGUGCAAUGGUACCGGCCCCUCUCCCGAGAACAACAAUAUCGGUGACCCUGUAGGCUUGACCCCUGACCCCGCCGUGACCCUGACCCCCGAGCAGGGCCAGCCCCAUGGAGGAGGGGUGGUCAGCAGCACGCCACAACGCACCGCAGCGGGUCGGGGGGUACACCCACCGAACGAAUCCCCAGUGGUCUGCCAGAGUCCUCAAGUAGCCGGACAGCCUUCCGCAUUAGACGACUCACCAGGAGCCCUAACCCGAAGUAAGGAGGGGGACAACGGAGACAAGCCCAAGGCCCUGUUUGUAGCUGUGAACACCUUGGAGGACACUCAGGCAGUGCGCGCUGUAGCCUUCCACCCCACGGGGGCGCUAUACGCUGUGGGCUCCAACUCUAAGACGCUACGCGUGUGUGCCUACCCAGAUGCACCGCUGGACACCAGUGGGGUGUCGGGUAUGACCAAGCAGCCGGAGGUUCGCUUUAAGAGGAAUAAGCACCAUAAAGGUUCUAUCUACUGUGUGGCCUGGAGUCACUGUGGAAAGCUACUAGCCACCGGCUCCAAUGACAAAUACGUCAAAGUCCUGCCCUUCAGUGCCGAGACCUGCAACGCCACAGGUCCAGACCUGGAGUUCAGUAUGCACGACGGUACCAUCAGAGACCUGGCGUUCAUGGAGGGACCAGAGAGUGGAGGGGCCAUCCUGAUCAGCGCCGGAGCCGGAGACUGUAACAUCUACACCACUGACUGCCAGAGAGGACAGGGCCUACACGCUCUCAGCGGACACACAGGUCACGUUCUGUCUCUGUAUACGUGGGGAGGGUGGAUGAUAGCGUCAGGCUCUCAGGACAAGACUGUGAGGUUCUGGGACCUGAGGAUACCCACUUGUGUUAGAGUGGUGGGCACUGCCUUCCAUGGAUCAGGCAGUCCCGUUGCCUCGGUAGCGGUUGACCCUAGCGGUCGUCUCCUAGCGACGGGACAGGAGGACAGCGGCUGUAUGCUCUAUGACAUCAGAGGGGGACGCGUUGUGCAGACGUACCGGCCCCACUCCAGCGACGUGCGCUCCGUUAGGUUCUCCCCCGGGGCACACUACCUGCUCACUGGUUCCUACGACACCAAGGUCAUGAUCAGCAACCUGCAAGGUGACUUGACGAAGCCGUUGCCCCUGACUCUGGUAGGGGAGCACGGUGACAAGGUGAUCCAGUGCAGGUGGCAUACUCACGACCUGUCCUUCCUCUCCUCCUCCGCUGACCGUACCGUCACACUCUGGACCCACAACCCCUAACAGACACACACUCACGCAACACAACCCCUAACAGACACACACGACCUGUCCUUCCUCUCCUCCUCCGCUGACCGUACCGUCACACUCUGGACCCACAACCCCUAACAGACACACACUCACGCAACACAACCCCUAACAGACACACACGACCUGUCCUUCCUCUCCUCCUCCGCUGACCGUACCGUCACACUCUGGACACACAACCCCUAACAGACACACACUCAUGCAACACAACCCCGAACAGACACACACGACCUGUCCUUCCUCUCCUCCUCCGCUGACCGUACCGUCACACUCUGGACCCACAACCCCUAACAGACACACACUCAUGCAACACAACCCCUAACAGACACACACGACCUGUCCUUCCUCUCCUCCUCCGCUGACCGUACCGUCACACUCUGGACCCACAACCCCUAACAGACACACACUCACGCAACACAACCCCUAACAGACACACACGACCUGUCCUUCCUCUCCUCCUCCGCUGACCGUACCGUCACACUCUGGACACACAACCCCUAACAGACACACACUCACGCAACACAACCCCUAACAGACACACAUGACCUGUCCUUCCUCUGCUGACCAUGCCGUCACACUCUGGACACACAACCCCUAACAGACACACACUCACGCAACACAACCCCUAACAUGCACAUAGCUUGUGAACACACACAAAUAUAGACACACAAACACAACCCCUAAGUCACAUAUAGUGGACAUGCCUAACCUGUAAUACACAACCUGGACACACAUGCAUCCUUUUCCUGACACUCUUUUUCCUCUUGCAGCAACCAGGACAGUUUGUCCCGCUGUACAUUUGGUUGUGUGGCUGUCUGUGGGUAUCGUUUAGCCGUAUUUAGGUUUGAUUUCGUAUCUUGCUCAGCUCCCCUCAACAUCACUGCUUCUGUGAACAACUCUCACUUUAGCAAAUGCAUCUCCUAGUUGUGUGUGUGUGUGUGUGUGUGAGUGAGUGAAAUGGAGAGUGAAAAAGUGCACCGACUGACCCUGACCCUUCCCUUCGCUCUAUCACGCCAUUCCUCCACUCGCCCAUGACUCUUCACAUAUUCAUCUACAAAUGAUACAUCUACUCCAUCAUGUUUUGAAUAAGGAGAGGGAUGUUUUGCUACAGUGCAUUGUUUCAUAUGGUGUCUUGAGUUAUCUAGUCUCCCAAUACAGAAACCCAUGUGGGUCCCUCUCCAUUUCAGGUCAAAAAGUUAAGUUUCUGUGAAAAGUUAAGAUCUGUGAGAUCUUUCCAAGAACAAAUUGACAUUCCUAAUUAGUUUGCACAGUCAGUGUUUUUGUUACAGCGUGUGUUACUAUGCUGCUAUUAUUUGAGAAGAAACCAAGGCAACGAUGUUGCGAUCUAAACUGCUGACCAUAUGUCAGUGUGUGACUCAGUACAUCAGGUCCUCCUUGCCGGAGUUGAAUCUGUUGCAUAAGUCGAUCAAUUAGCUUUCGGUUGCUUAGCUGUUGUCAAUACUACUACUGUGGGAGUUUCCGAUGCCUAACGUUACUGUGCAAGUCUGCCCACCGUAUUUCUGCUUUAGGCUUUUGUAAAUAUCGGAGUCAAAAAUGUGUACGUUUUUCAUGCUGAAUCAGUGUUUGGUGCAAAAUGCUCUCUUCAGACAGUUGUUGUGGUGUUUCUUGCUAUGGCUUGCCUCCAAAUAGGAAAAAUACAAGUUGUUUUAUAUCGACUUAGAAGGGAAUAACAGAUCUACUUGUUGGCUUGGCCAGCUUCAGCGUACGGUUAAGCAACACUCCCUGUGUAGUGUAGCUUUGCUUUCAUCUGCAAUGUUACUGGUUGCUACCUAGAUGGCAGGCUCUGCCUAUUUCGAAAAGGGAGUAGCUUGUGCACAAUAUCUUCUAAAACGAUCAACCGUAUUAAGGGUGUUUUGCGUUUCUUACUUUCAGCUUCUGUAUUUUGCACUUUGUCACUAGACACACCAUUUAAUACGGUUUUGUUUGAUUUAGCAAAAUGCAGGCUUGAGUUUUAGGCUUUGUUCUUUGUACAGUUUCUCAUUUUAAAUUAAAAGGCCAAACUAAUAAAUAGAUGUAUUUUAUUUAUCUUUUAUUAUUUUAAAAUGUUCUUGUAAUAUAGGCAUCCUGUUCUGUUGAUAUGAAAUUAGAUAGUGGUUCCGGUAUGUAGCUUUUCUAAACCUUGUUUUAAGUGACUAAGAGAAAUGAAUAGAGCUUAUUGAAGUGUGAUCGCUGCUGUGGUAUCUAAAUAAAAUCCUCUUUGACAUUU